UAGUCUUGCUGCUGGCUUCGCUUGACUCGUUCCAUCGAACAGGGGAUGAACUGUCUUGAGGCCGACCAGAAAUCGAGCCUUGAAUCGGCCCUCAGAGGCUUGCUGCAUAGCGGUAGACUCUCCGCUACUGGUGCCAACGGACUCCACUCUCCUAAUCUCAUGAAGCCAAGAUCAAUAUCAAUAUUUCUCCUGACUAACACUGACAAGGCCGCCUGA